UCCUUCCUCCGUCAUGAAAUCCGUGUCGUACACCUCGUCGCCUUAACCCAAAAAAAAUAAUUUUAAAAUAAUUUAGAGAUUAAAAUCCUCUCAUUUCCUUCUUAUUCUACUGCUCCUUCUUUCUUCAUCUUCUACUUCUCUUCAGCCUUUGCAGCUGCGAUGGUGUGUAGAACUGUAGAUAGAGAAAAGAGCGAGACCCUAUUUUUCUUUCCUACUCUUUUUCCCCAUUCCCCUACUCGCCAUUUCCGCCGCUGAAAACGGUGAAAUUUCUUUUGACUAAUGCUCUUUUCUUCCCCUUCCUAAUCCCCUUUAUACUGUGUUAUCUCUAUUUUUUUCUUCUUCUUCUCACUCUUUCGCCGGCCUCUAGCUGCCGUCUCCCGCUUCAGUAAUGCUCUGCUCCCGUCACUAAACGAGUUGGUUUUUGAUUUGGUCUAUUGCUGGGGCCGAAGUGAGGUUUGCUUGUGGAGAAGUCAAGAGUUGGUGCUUUGUGUGGGAGUUGAUACGGAGGAAGGGGGAAAUGGGUGACACGGAAGAAAUGAGCACUGACGUGAUGCAGAGGUUGCAAUCUUCUUUCGGGACAACUCAGUCUUCUUCUUCGAUGUUAAAGCAGCAGCCUUUUUCAUCAGGGAAGCAGCUUGAUAUCCCUCCUCUGAGUCAAUCCCAAAUGCGGGCGAGGCAUUUCGCUCAGUUUGCUCAGCAGGGGUUUGGCAGCGAAAACAGCAGCAAUGGCGGUAAGAGAGUUGGGAUUCCGCCUUCACAUCCCAACCAGAUCCCACCCGUGUCCCCUUUCUCUCAGAUCCCGGUGUCUAACAGGCCAAUCAACCAGCAAUUGGGUUCUCAGAACUUCAGCCCGGGGCGUGGUCAUUCGCGAUCCUUGUCACAGCCAUCCUCGUUUUUCUCACUUGAUUCUCUCCCGCCUCUAAGCCCUGCAUCAUUCAGAGACCAUUCCCCAACUUCUGCUGUUUCAGAACAGCUGUCGACUGAUGUUUCAAUGGAGGAUAGAAAUGGGGACUCUCACUCUUUAUUGCCACCGUCUCCAUCGCCUUUUAGUAGGGUAGGUACUCCUCGAGCUGGUGAGAGUUUGCCUCCUAGGAAGGCUCAUAGACGGUCUAAUAGUGAUAUCCCAUUUGGGUUUAGUGGCGUGAUGCAGUCUCCGCCGCCUGUUUUGCCAUCGAGAGGGACAGGUGGAUUUGGUAAACCAACUCAGGCAGUGAAGAGGGAGUGGGAGAAAGGUGUUGAUAGCAAUGAAGAAGGGAUGGGGGAGAGGAAAUCUGAAGGUGAAGUUGUGGAUGAUUUGUUUUCUGCGUAUAUGAACUUGGACAACUUUGAUACGUUGAACUCACACGGGAAUGAUGACAAGAAUGGUACUGAGAAUCGUGAGGAUUUAGAUAGCAGAGCUAGUGGAACGAAGACUAACGGAGAUAGCAGUGAUAAUGAGGCUGAGAGCAGCAUGAAUGAGAGUGGGAGCAGCAUUCCGAGAGGAGGUUUGAGUUCUUCGGUGGAGAGAAGGGAAGGGGUCAAAAGGAGUGCUGGAGGUGAUAUUGCUCCGACGUCAAGACAUCAUAGAAGUGUUUCCUUGGAUAGUUUUAUGGGGAAGUUGAGCUUUGGAGAUGAGUCCCCAACGCUUCCCCCUUCACCGGGGCCUCUUCCAGGUCAAUUAUCUCCGACUAGCUCGAUCGAUGGGAGCACCUUCAGUUUGGAUUUCGGGAAUGGGGAGUUUAACAAUGUUGAACUUAAGAAAAUUAUGGCGAAUGAGAAACUUACUGAGAUUGCUCUAACUGAUCCAAAGCGUGCAAAGAGGAUUUUAGCAAAUCGUCAAUCUGCUGCUCGUUCGAAGGAACGGAAGGUGAGAUACAUUUCAGAACUGGAACACAAGGUGCAGACUCUUCAGACAGAAGCUACUACAUUGUCUGCCCAGCUUACUCUAUUGCAGAGAGAUUCUGUUGGACUGACAAAUCAGAAUAAUGAAUUGAAGUUUCGUCUACAAGCGAUGGAGCAACAGGCACAGCUUCGAGAUGCUCUCAACGAAGCUUUAACUGCCGAGGUUCGACGGCUGAAGAUCGCCACUGCAGAAAUGAACGGCAGCAGUUUCGACGCAUCCAAAGGCAUGGUCCAGCAGCAGAUGUUCCAGCAGCAGCAGCAGCAGCAGAUGUCCUCCCAGCGCAACACUCACCAGCAGCAACAUGAACAGCAGAACGGAACAAAGUCGAAAUCAGAUGCAAGCCAGUAGAUGCAAAUUCAUUCAUUAAGUUUCUCUGUAUCCCCACCGGCGGUGGUGAUUGGAGAUUUAUCUUACCUUCUACUACCCCUUCAGGCAUCAUUAUCUUUUGCUGCAAUCAAUGGUUAUUCAUAUAUAUACAGGCGUCAUUCGUAUAAUAUAUAUGGUGUAGAGAUGGUCAUAGUCAAAUGAGUAGAGCUCAUAUUCGUUUAUGUACUUAUAUUUAUGAAAUUUAUAUUAUAUAUGCAUGUAUAUGAAGGCAAAGUAAAACGGGGUUGUCUGUUGAAUAUGUUGUAUGGUUUUGUUGAGAUUAUAGACAGAAAAGUGCAGAAGUUUGUCUGAAAGCUUACUUUUUUUGUGCUAUUUUAGUAUAACAAGUUGUACGUUCCUUUCAGUAUGGGUUCGUCCUUCUUUUCAAUUGUUUAUUUUGGUGGGGGAAGUAGAGAAGAAGCGUGGAACACGUUUGUGCAUGUACAACGUACAUAGUCUUCUGGUUAGCUUGAACUCCAAGGCAGUGGCACAUGUGAAAGUAACA